AUGGGUGUCUCAGAGGAUCAACAGAACCCAACGAGGACCAUGCCAGACAACACAUCGGGCCGGGAGGAAUCUCCUCACAAGAACGCGACUGAGCGUUCCGUAUCUGGUUCUUCAACACCAUCUGUCGAUGUCGCCGAGAAGCCACCUGUCGAGCGGGACAUUGGGCUCACUACCGACAGUUUGGCGAAGGAGACGGGGAAGGAGGAGGAAGUCGAAGUCGAAGAUGAGGUCGAAGACACGAGCAACUAUCCUUCUGGUCUGAAGCUCGUGACCUUGAUUAUCGCCCUCGAUCUGGCCGUCUUCCUGGUCGCACUUGAUCAAACCAUCAUUGCCACUGCGAUCCCCAAGAUCACCGACCGCUUCAACAGUGUCACCGACAUUGGCUGGUAUGGCAGCGCAUAUUUCCUGACCAGUACCGCACUCCAGCCCAGCUUUGGCCGCAUCUACAAAUUCUUCCAGAUCAAAUGGGUCUUUCUCUCUGCCAUCAGCGUCUUCGAAUUGGGCUCCUUGGUCUGUGCCGUUGCACCAUCCAGCACCGCGCUCAUUGUUGGGAGGGCUGUUGCCGGCAUUGGCGUGGGUGGCAUCUUUUCGGGAGCCUUGGUCAUUAUUGCCCACUCGCUUCCUCUGAUCCGGAGACCUCUGGUGUUUGGACUGUUUGGUGCUAUGUGGGGAUUGGCCAGUGUCGCAGGGCCUUUGCUCGGUGGCGUCUUCACUGAUCACCUUUCGUGGAGAUGGUGCUUCUAUAUCAACCUGCCUAUCGGCGGCUUUUCGAUGCUCGUCGUCCUGUUCGUGCUCCAUAUCCCUCAAGAUCCGAAGCUCUCCGAGAUGCCGAUCCUCAAACGCAUCCUCGAACUCGACCUCAUCGGGGCGGCAAUCCUCAUUCCGGGCAUCAUCUGUCUGUUGCUGGCAGUCCAGUGGGGUGGGUCAACCUACGCAUGGGACAACUCGCGGAUAAUUGGGCUGUUUGUCGGUGCCGGGUGUCUUCUGAUUCUCUUUGGCAUAUCCCAGUGGCGUUUGGGUGAAGAUGCCACUAUCCCACCGCGUCUCCUCACCAAGCGCACUCUGAUGGCGUCCUGCGCCUUCGUCUUCUUCUUCGGGGCCGGCAUUUUUGUUCUCAUGUACUACCUCCCGCUCUACCUCCAAAGUGUCAAGGGAUCCUCGCCUACCAAAUCCGGCGUCCAGAUCCUGCCAUUGAUGCUGUCCACUGUCUUCACUUCGAUCGUCGCAGGGAUCGCGGUGACCAUCAUCGGCUACUACACACCACUGAUCAUCGGUGCCGCCGCGCUCAUGACCAUUGGCUACGGCCUGAUCAGCACUUGGACCGUCGACUCGCCCUUCCGCGAAUGGUUCGGGUACCAGAUCUGCGCAGGUCUUGGAACAGGCUUUGGUUUCAAUCUUCCCCUUGUGGCGGUCCAGACCACCUUGCCCAUGAAGGACAUUCCCCAAGGGACUGUGCUGCUGAUGUUCUGCCAAUCGCUCGGUGGCGCGCUUUUCAUCGCUGUCGGGCAGUCUGUCUUCGCCAACGGUCUGGUCAGCGGUGCCGCCAAGUACGCGCCCGACAUUGACCCGCAGCUGCUCAUCAACACGGGUGCCACGGCGCUCCGCAGCGUGCUGACCAAGAUGGGCAUGGAAGACCAUAUCCACCAGGUGAUCGAGGCGUACGUGUAUGCCUUGAAGGACUGCUACCGCGUCUCCGUCGCCGUGGCAGGUGUAUCGUUUAUCGCCGCAUGUUUCUUCGAGUGGAAGAGCGUGAAGAAGGCGAAGCCCGCGGGCGUGGAAGCGAUGCCGGCCAUGGGAUAG